GGGGCGCGUGGGGGGGGAGAGGUGAGAAGGCCAUGGGAAAAGUGUGGCGGCAAUCACUGAAGCUCCAGGUUGCUGAGCCUCAUGAAUGGGACAGGAAAUGGGAUUUGCUGGGACAGAUGUGCUGAGUGGUGAUGAAUACAUUAUAGGGAAAUGAGGCUAAACUCCUGAAGGUGAGGGCUGUGCUUUCUCUGAAAAUACAAAAUAUGGGAAAAGAAGAAUUUACCCUCCUGGAGAAGUAAUCAUGAAUACUUGAAAACUAAUGCAGAAAGAGUAAUGCUAGUGGUAAAUUUGAUUAAAUGGUGAUUCUGUAGUGUGGCAAGCUCUCGGUUGUGUAUUGCUGGCAUAACAAUGCUACAGCAAUAGUACAGGUAUAGUAUUGCAAGUGUUUAUUUUAAACCCAAAAUUGCCAAAAUGAUUGAGUAGCUCGAGCAAUAGAACAGCCUGAACAGAAGCUCCGAGUGCAUAACGCUCAGACGCUUGUUCUGUAUCUGGCAUGCAUUAUACAGCACUCACAUAACAUAUGUUUGAUCCUGCCACCGUUGAAAGAGAUGUGCUGGGGAUCCUGUGAGGUCCUUGCAGCCCUACAUUUUUCUAAUUUUGUAAAUUAUUGCAUGCUUGUAGGAAAUUAUACAUAACUGUUACUGCUGCUCAGAAUAUUGUUUCUGUACUCCGUGAACUUUUUUGUUUUCAGGUCUUGCUGGAUCUUUUUCCUAUAUUUAUGAUACAAUUAUCUCAGAAAGCCAACAUAGACUUUCUGUGUGUUUACUGAUAGGGCUCUGUGCCAGUUCACAGACUUAGAAUUUUUCCAGUGUUUUGUUUUGUUUUUGAUUUCAAUUUUUAAGCAAACCUCGUUGAAAAAAGCAUCUCACAUCAGUGGUUUCACAGUGUGUUACUGUAGCAGGAGGAGAGGCAAAAGGUGUGCUUGUUGGUGUUCAUCUCAGACAUGAAAAAGCUCAUUUCAUAAUGUAUUGUUAUUCAGAAAAGGGAGUAUGAGCUUGCCAAAAUAAAGUAGAAACACAAAUUGUGAGAGCCAGCAACUGUAAAACAUAAAGCUCAGUGUUUUAAGGACAAGAGGUGACCUAGCUGUAAUGGCAGUGCCCACCAUCUGCCUUCCUGACCUCAGAUCUCUCCCAUGUGCUGCCUCUGUCCCAAAGAUGAGGAUAUAUGUGUCUGGCCUCCUUCAGUCCCUGUUUGCUCAAAAGCCAUGUGUGCUGUAACUGUGGCUUAAUUUUUAAAAGAACAGGGACCCGUAACUAGAGUCUGGGAUGAGUGGUUGUGUCCCAAAGCCUGACUUAAUUAAAGUAGAAAUGCUCCAUACAGCAUUUUGAGCACAGUGGUGUCACUUGACUGCAGCAAUUGUGAUAUCAGUAGAGUGCUGAAGUUCUUGGGUCCAGAAGUUCCCCCAAAUGAGUGAUCAACAAAGACUGUACUUCAAGUGGCCAUAAGAAUCAAGAAAUAAAAUGUUAGUCUGCAUGGCAAAGCGUAGAUCAAAACAGUAUGCUCUACGGAUUCUGGCUGGCAUAAGUACUAUCCUAAUAGUUCUGUUUUCUAUUAAACUCUGAUUUCUACAUUUGCAUGGAACCAUCAGCAGAGAACUUGGCCAUUUGUUACAAGCAGUUCCCAUUUUUUAAAGAGUGAUUAAAGGUAAUUUUCCGUUGGCUUGCACAGUUCUUUAGUUUAAAUCUCUUUAGUUUUAAACUGUUCCAGCACCUCUGUCAUUAUGAAGCUUUCAGAAAUACUAAGCUAAAAUGCAGAACAGAAUAUAAAUCACUAAACAAUUCAGUUAAUCGCUACUUAAUUUGGUUAAUUGAAUGUCAGUUGUAUUUGUCUUUUAAGCAACAGGUCCAUUUCUCUUUACCAGGGCUCCCUUCAGAGUAGGUGAGAGUUUAGGAGAUGUUUUGGAGUUGCUUCUUGAAUCUUUCUGUGCGUUACUUCUUUUCCACUGGAAAGAUGAGAAGGAGGUGGCUGCUGCUUUUGGAAUCACAUUUCAGUGGAGUCUUUUCGCAAUUGGAAGGUAAAAGUGAAAUGAAGAAAACAGCAGAACCUGGAGCUCGUUGCAUCUGUCACUUUGAACUGCAUUGGAGGGGGGGUUGGGGAGAAAGGAGAGGAUGAAAAACCCUGAGGAUCUUUGUGAGGAGGGUCUGUGAGAAAGUCUUAGGAGAAAAAUCUAAAGAUUGUUACUAAGCCCUGGCUUCUAUUAGCCCCCUGCUGCUGUUCUUCAUCAAGUUAUUUUAAUGGCUUUCAAAGCAAGUGAGUGGAAAAUGGUUUCUCUGGAACUUUAAGGAGCCUGAACUGAAAACUGUCAUUGCUUUAUAAGUAAAACACAUCAAAGAUUGAUGGAAGAAUUGCUUGUUAAACACAUUGAAGAUUUUAAUUAAAAAAAAUGGGAGAUAUCAUAAAAGAGACAUCAAAUCAUCAUAACUACCUAAAGGUGAAAGUUUAAUGGCUUGUCAUCUGCUCAGGAACCUCCGUUAAGUAUCUCUUUCAUAGCUUUUGUGACCCUCUGUGUGUGUGCAUGUGUGCAAAAUUGCCACGGCUGGUUUUUUUUAAGGGUUUUUUUUUCCUUGUGGAGGAAAAGCACACAAGUAUAAAGUUGCAUGUGGUGAUUGCUGUGCUUUCUAGUUUUCAUUUCCCUGUGUAUAGGGAUGUCUUCUGGUAUUUUCAGUAUCAAGUGCUCCAAAUCCUUAUAUCUUUCUAAGAUACUUAUUCUUCUUUGUGCUGUAGUCUAUAAAAUAUGUUGUAUGCGUUCACUGCAUAAAAUAUACAUUUGCGUAUCACGUGGGAAUGGCAUGAGUGUCUCUUCUGGAUCCUCUCACCUGCCUCUCCUUUCCCACCUUCCUUUCCCUCCACACAGUGGAGUCCUUCCAGUCAGUAAGUGGUGUGGUUUUUAGAGUCAUACAGACCUUCUGCUGUACGAGAGGAAAAAAAGUGAGCGCACAUAGAAGGCAUGAGGCACAGCAGACCCACUCCAACUUGGAGUAUUACAUUUUUAAGCCAAAACCUUCUUCUGGUAUGUCAUGCUGCAUAUGAUCAAGGUGUGCAUUUAGUAAGCAAAACAAACCAUUGUUUUGAAAGACUAAAGAAGCAGCUCAGCAUGCUGGUAGAGCACAUAAUGUCAUUUACAAGUCUGUCUUAAAAUCUCAGUUUUAAUUCAUUAGUUCUUUCUGGAGUUAAAACAGCUGCAUCUAUACAUAAUUUGGACACUAGGUCAGAUUCUUAAUGAAGAAAAUUGUUUUUUCCAAGAGUUUGAUAUGUGGCUAUUGCAGUCACUUGAUGUUCUGUACGAAAUAGUAGGAAAUGGAGUGUGUCAUCAUCAACAUCAUUUGAAUGAGUCCGUAUGUUUUUCAUGAUGUACAAGAUCUUUUUAAAUUAGGAUUAUUGACUAUGCAAUCAACUGCAUAGAAUUUGAUAAUGUUGUUAUUUUAGUGAUUGAUUUCAAUGAUUUUAGCUGGUGUUUUAGUUAGCCAUAGUAGUUACUGUUAUUUGUAAAGUUGAAAUGUACAUAACACCGUGUCUUGCUGUUUAAUGCACUCAACUGGAAAGGGUUCCAGGCUCUGAAAGGCCAGGUGCUGCAAACCUUAGUAUAUGCUUCUGUAAACUUGUGAAAAUCUGACCUUGUUGAAUACAAUGGUGUAUUUUUGCUCCUUAUCAAUAUAUUGAUGAGAUCAGGUUUCUGUUUGCAUUGUUUCUACUUGAUCCUUAUUUAGGGCAAAUGUAAAGCAGUUUGUCUGUCAUCAUCUUUACUUAGAAAGUAAGGAGAUUGCAGCUGUAGCGAUGUGGCCACCAGCUCAUUUCUCCUGCAAGACCUGGGCUGCUCUUUCAAAUGGCAUUUCAUAGCAGUGCAGUGUGUACAGCAUAGAACUCGAUCAAUAACUCAUCUGCUUUGUACCACUCCAUUCAGUUUAAGAACAACAUGAGAGCAUUUGCAUUUCAUUCACUGUAACCAGUCAGUAAUCGCUGGUACAGAACUGACCGCUAUAGUACUUUUCAGGAUAGUUCCUCCAGAAACCUGACUGUUUCCAUAAGUAGAUCCUUGCUGAGGGUAGGUGGCUGACCUGUCAGCCUGCAGAACUCUGUUUCUUUUUAUCUGCUUUAUCUCAUUGCUUUCUCUUUGGUCUGUGUGGAGCUUCACUGCUCUCACAUGAACCACUGGAUCAUAUGAGCCUCCCUGGAGCACUAUGAUACCCUCCGUAGAGAAGGAUUAAUCUGUGAAAGUAAUAAUAUAAAUGCUGAGAUUUAAGCGUAAGGAUUAUGUUAGGAAGUGGGGAGUAGAGGUUUAACCACCUCCUGAAAACAAGCAAUCAAGGAAGCUUUCUCACUAAGUGGAAAAAAAUGUUGGAUUUUUUUUUUUUGUUUUUUAAUAGAAAUAAUUCAAAAGAACAACAGCUGAAUGGCAGUUGGCAUUGCGUCUUUCCUCCACUCUGCCUGUAGGUUCUCCUCUAGCCUUUGUGACAGAUCAGUGGGCUGAUGAGCCAUACCUAACAGCUGGUUGUGCCUUGGGCAGGGGAUUGCUGCAGUGGUACGUUUUGUAUGUUCUUUUAGUCCUAAGAAUACACCUUGCUCUUGCAAUGGCAGAAUUGCAAUUGUCUACAGUGUUUGUGGAACCUAAUUCUUUCUUCUCAGUCCAGCCCUGCUAAAUGUGUGAAGCAAAUCGGUGAACUUCAUUCUUUGAGAGUUGAGUUACUCUUACACUUUUGUGGGUAAGGACUUUGAGUUUGCGGUGUCUUGGUAUUCUGUUGAAUGAGCCAGCAAUACAUAUACAUAUAUUUAUAAAGCUCGUGGUAUUCAAAGUACUGAGCAGACAUGGUAAAAAUGCCUAGACCUUGUCUAUAAAAACACCUGCAGUAAGUGGUAACCUUGAGUUCCAAUGGGAAUAGAGUGUGUCAGAGGCGUCCCUUUCUACCUCUGCUUCUCCAUGGAGACACCACGGUGCUGCACCUGGCUUUGUUCCCAACUUUGUUGGAACUUAAGCUCUCCUGAGUGCUAACCUUGGUUAAUCUUGUUAAUGCUGGUUCUUUGUUGGCACGUACCAGAUUGGUGUGUGAUGCAAGGUGUACAGUUCAUUGAGCUAUAUUGUUCCUGCACUGAUUUGACUUCUGCAACAGAAAUAUUUUGGCCUUCGUAAGUUAUAAAUAAAUGGAUUUCUAAAUUACUUUUAAAAAUCAUACUUACGUGAUAUACAUUAUUGCUUUACAGAUGCAUUUGUAAAACUGAAUACCUUUGAAGUUGUGUACAAUUAAUUUUCUGCCUCUUAAAAAAAAAUCUAAUUUUCAUGAUACAACAGUUUAAUAUAUAUCCAGCCUUCUUCUUACCUUCAGGUGACAAUGUCAGUAGUUUGAAUUUGGUUUUGAAAUUGCAAUGACAUUUAUCUAGUGUGUGGGUUUUAAUGUUGCUUUAUUAGCAGUCUGGAAAUGCAGUAGUCCAGGGCUGCAGUAGCAGAGGGCUUGCUUCUUUUUCUGCUGGCUCUUUGUCAGCCAGAGAAGAUUUUAAUCAGAUCAUGUAUAGGUUGCAAUAGAAUUUGUUAGAAUGUCUAAAGAGGUAAUGAUAAGUAUUAGACAAUUGGUGGUGGUGGUUAACGUUUGGCUGAACUACCAGUGGUAACCUACGCUGUAGUUUUAUAGGGUUGUCAGUGUUGUUUUCCUUGAGCGGCAUAGCAAAAUUAAUGAUGAAAAGACACUUUCCUUCCUCUUCUGGAUGAGGGUCAUGACCUAGGGUAGCAAAGAAGAAAUUACACUUGUAGGCGUAGUGGUUGCCUUGGGACUGAUGAUUUUAAGAUUCAUUUUCUCCCUCCACCGACUACACUUGUGUUUGCUUCUCUCUGCACUGUGCCUGCACAGAUGGGCUGAGAAGCCUAAAUCCUGGCAGUCCGUGGUGUGAAUGUCUCCUUCAGGAUCGGAUAUUCUAAACUGGUUGUCCUCAGCAUUCUGGAAUUCUUUCGGGUUGCUCUGCCUGUAAGCAAUCAGGGGAAUCAGGAGUUACAGGAACGUGAUGAGUGCACUAUAUGAGUAGAAGAAGGGGUUAAAGAAUAUCAAGUGAGAUGUCAUACUACGUAGACUUGCGAUGAAUACCGUGUACUGAAUGUUACUCUGUUCUGAAAUAGCAACCAUGGAUGUAACCAACCCAGAAUGGCACUAAGAAGUUUUGGGACUUUAUGAGGACACAUGACAGGAGGGGAAAUAAUAUUGCUGCCUUAUGAGAUUGGCUUCUUUGAAGAUGAAAACAGCCUGCUGUGAGGAUUGUUUAUUCCAAGCAAGUUGUCCUGCACCUUAUUCUUUGCCUGGCGUGUCAAUCCUGAUCUUCAAUACUUCCCGGCAGUGCUUUGUAGUGGUGAAGCAGUUCCGCCCAGCUGUUUACAUGUGCGAAGUAGAAAGGCAACAUCCUCAGCUCUUCCAGAACCAGGACAAGGAGAGUUUCUCCCGCCUGGAAGACCCCUUACCUGCAGUGGUAGGAGUGACUUACGAACUCUGUGCUGGCAUCGUAGACAAGCCACAUCUUUCUUUAGAAGAAAUUGCCUGUGAGGAGAUCUUAGAAGAGUGUGGCUAUCGUGUUCCCGUUACAAACCUAAAGAAGAUCACUUCUUACAGGUCUGGAGUAGGUGUGACAGGUUCCAGGCAGACGUUGUUUUAUGCAGAAGUAACAGACCAGAUGAAAACAAGUGGAGGAGGUGGCCAACCCGAGGAAGGAGAGCUGAUUGAAGUUGUAGAAAUACCUUUAGAAGACUCCAUGAAGUUUGCUUAUGAUGAGACACUUCCGAAGACAAUGGGUGUCAUCUUCAGCUUCACGUGGUUCCAAAAUAACAUAGCACCCAAGCUACCAAAAAGUAAUAUCAAAGCACCCUGAUUUCAAGAGAAGAUCUGCUGGUUCUGUAGGCACAGGAAAAUGCAAGUCUGCCUGCCUUCAUCAACUCACCUUGCUACAGUUUUCAAAUCACUCUCGGUAUAAAUUUGGAAUUAAAAUCUGAAGUAAAGUCUGAAGUAAUCCAUCAUUAGCAAAAAUCUGAUGAGCUGCACUGGGGCCAAUAUUUGUCUCUGGGAGUCAAGUAUUAAUUCUCAGUCAAAGGCUAAGGAAAUGUGCCUGGUGCUCCUUUUUCAUGGCACUGCUCUACCACUGUUUUGAAGAGAUGCUCAGGGCCACGGUGCAGCUGCUAUGCCAGCCUGUUGCUGUUGGCUGUACAUACUGGCAGCUGUGUAUUCACUGGAGCUCUCAGAGCUGUUUGUCCUAAUAUUUUGGGGAAGGCAGCACAGCUUCGUAGUGACAGAUAUCCUAACUAUGUUGUUGAGUUCUGCACAGCUUUCAGGGAACAGCUUUCUCUGUGUAGCUCCUGUACCAGAGAAAAUGCUUGCAUUUCUGAACAUGCAGACCUUUAUUUCAUAAGCAAACAUGUCUGUAAAUCCUUUUGCUAACAUGUCAUUCUGACAAUAGACCAGCUGUAAGGCUGCUUACUUCUGUUUGCUCCCAGCAGAACGCUGAGCAGCAGUGGUGGGGGUGAGUGAUGGGGGGUUUCUAGGGGAACACAUGUUUCUUUGUUUGUUUUAUGGAUAGUACUUGCUUAAUUAGAUCAAACUUUGUCCUCUGGAGUAGGACCUGAGAGGCCAAAUUCUUCUCAUUUGACUCCAAGGUAACUAACACAAGUGAUUUCUCUGUGGUCUCAGAUUCCUUAUCACCAAAAUGGGAAGAGUGGGAGUUCCCCCUCUGAUAACGUUCCUUGAAACCUAGCAGUCAGAAGUGCUUUAAUGAGAGACUUUAUCAUCAUUUGUGCAGUUUACACUGAAGGCCAUGCAGCUUGCACAGACAUACUGAGCAGCACAAUUUGAUUUAAUAAAGUGGUCUAAUUGAAAUGUAUAUUAUUCUGCCAGCAUGAUUUAGAUGUGUACUGUUUGUCACGUGAAACUGUUAAUAGCAUGAAUGAGAGAGAAUCAAGUCAGGACAUUUAAUUACAGAGUUGUUUAUGUUAUUCACUGAGUUAGUGUUAAUUAAGACGUCUGCAUUAUCUGUACUUGUAGGGCUGUGGAGGUAUGAAGUAUUUUUAGAAGACGAGUAGUGGGAAUGUGCAAACUUUCACAUAGCAGCUGGAAUAAAUGCGGUAGGGAAAUGAUUUGAAAUUGCUGCAGAUCUAAAAAGGUGCUUAAUAAAUUAAUAUAAAUAAGAA